AUGGUUAAAUCUAAAUCAGAUUUAGUUAACUCAAAAAAAACAACUCAAAAUAUAAAUAAAUCAACCCCAACUGUCAAAAUAGUUAAUCCAUUUGAUAGAAAGAUUAAUAAAGUUAAACAUGAAGUUUUAAAUCGUAAGGUUAGAGGUGUUGCCACCGAUAUUGGUCAAUCAAGAUAUAAUGCAAUUGAAAAGCGUAAAAAAACUUUAUUGGUUGAAAUGAAUCAACAAAAAAAAACAAAUAAAUUUAUCGAUUCUCGUUAUGGUGAAAAUGACCCAUCAAUGUCAGAAGAAGAUAAAAUGUUAGCACGUUUCCAAAAAGAAAAAAUGAGAAAUAAAAAUUUAUAUAGUUUAGAUGACAACGAAGAAAGUCACGAAUUAACACAUUUAGGUCAAUCAUUAGGUCAAUCAUUAGGUGAUGGUGUAGUUGCACAAGACGAUUAUGUAGCAUCAGAUGACGAAGUUGAUGAAGACAACGAAUUUUUAAGUGAAAGACAAAGAUUUGGUGGUGGUGAAGAUGAACAAAAUAAAAGAGAAACCCAUAAAUCAAGUAAAGAAGUUUAUCAAGAAAUUAUAGAGAAAUCAAAACAAGGUAAAGCUGAAAGAGCCAGAGAAAAAUUAUUAAAAGAAGCUUUCUCUAGAGAAUUAGAUGAGGAGUUUAAUUUAAUCAGAGGUGAUUUAGUAUUGUCAAAUCAAGUUAAAAACUCUCCAGUUGAAGACGAUGCUUUCUUAAAGUUCCAAGCUGAAAGCAGAGCCGCUGAACAAAAAGAAAAAGAUUCUGGUUCAUCUUCUAAAAAAGAAAAGCAUGACGAUUUCGAUGAAUUAAUGGUUCAAUUACAAGGUGAAACAAGAGCUCGUGCAUCUGAUCGUACCAAAACUAAAGAAGAAAUAAUGAAGGAAGAAAUGGAACGUUUACAACAAAAAGAAAAAGAAAGACUUGAAAGAGCCAGUGGUGAUUAUGUCGAAUUAGAAAAAGAUGCUCAAGAUUCUGAUAAAAAUUUACCAAAAAGAGUUAAAGAUAGAUUAAAGGAAAAAGAUAAUAAACCAAAGAUGUUAUCUGCAGAUUCUUUAGAUGAUGGAAAUGAAGUAUUAAAUGUUAAUGGUAUUGAUACCGUAUUUUAUAAUCCUCAAAUUGAUUCUGAUGAAGAAAAGCAAAGUGGAUCAGAUGACGACGAUGAAGACGAAGAUGAUGAUGAAGAAGAUGAAGAUGAAGAAAAUGAAGAAGACGGUGAGGAACAAGAUGAUGAAGAAGAAAAUGACUCAGAUUUAGAAGAUGAUGAAGUUAUUUCAGGUGAAAUCGAAGAAGAUGAAGAAGAAUUAGAACAAGAAAGAUUAAAAAAUAAGAAAUCCAAAAAAUCAGAAGAAGAGCCAGUUGAAACUAUUCCAUAUACUUUUGAUGUACCAAGCUCAAUUGAAGAAUUAAACGAAUGGUUAGAAAAUAGAAAUGAUGAAGAAAAGCAAACUAUUUUAAGUCGUAUUAGAGUCUGUAAUCAUAUUUCAAUUAAACCACAAAACAAAGAAAAAAUGAAAGCAUACCUUCCAAUUCUCUACCAAAGAUUUAUCAAUACUGCCACUGCUUCAGAUGAACAUUCAGUUGAUUUGAAAGAACUCGAUUCAUUAAGUACCUAUAUUUUUGAAGUUUCACAAGACGUCCCAGAUAUUUCAGGUAGCAGUGCUAAAGAGUUAGUUAACAACACUUAUAAACGUAUCUGUAAGAAAUUAGAAAUCCAAUCAAAAUUAAACUAUUGGCCAAAUCAAUCUGAAUUACUUUUAAUUAAACUACUUGGUAAUGUUUUCCCAACAUCCGAUUUCCAACAUCCAGUUUGUACUCCAGCAGUCGAAUCAUUAAACUUUUAUCUCUCACAUUGUCCAAUUAAAAAUAUUAAUGACAUUGCUUCAUCACUUUUCACCUCAAAUUUAUUAUUCUUUUAUUUAUCAAGCUCAAAGAGAUAUUCACCAGAAAUUUCAUCAUUAUUAAUCAGUUUAUUAUCAACCUUUGUAAAUCAAAACCAAACAGUAAAUUCAGAUCAACAAAAUAAAACAAAUAAUAAAAAAUUAACCAAACAACAACAACAACAAGAAAAAGAAUUACAAUCACAAAAAUCAAAACAAAAUCAAUGGGCUACUAUUAAUUCAAAUAUUUUAGUUCCAACUAUUCUUUUACCAGAAAACUAUUUAAAAUUAUCACCAUCAACUAAAUCAGAACCAAUUUCAUCAAUCGAACCAAAGAAACUUGAAUUUUCAACUUUAUCAAAAUCAAAUAUUCAAUUUACAAAUUCAUUAAAAAUUAAUUUAUUAAAUUAUUUGGUUAGUUUUAUUGAAAAAUAUAUUAAAUUUUAUUCAGAAACACAAUUUAGCGAAUCAUUACCAAGUUUAUUCAAUACUCUUUUAUCAAUUGUAAACAAAUUAGAUACCAAAUUAUAUCAUAAAGAAUUAGCCAGCAAGAUAGAAUCACUCAGAAACACUAUUGAAAAGAUUAAUAACGAAAUUAUAAAUAAUAGAAAACCAUUAAUUCUUUUAACUGGUAAACCACAACAAUUACGUCAAUUUAAUCCAAGAUUCAAUACAACAUCAUUCUUUAAUAAAGACCCAGAUGCUGAAAGAGCUGAGGCUAAGAAGAAGAAGGCUUUAAUCAAGAAAGAAACUAAAGGUGCUAUUAGAGAAAUCACCAAGGAUAAUCAAUUCAUUCAAGCCGAGAAAUUCAAGAAGGCCCAAGUAGAAAGAGCUGAAAAUGAUAAGAAGAGAAAACACAUAAUGAGCGAACUCCAAAAAGAACAACAAGAGGGUAAAGCUUAUAAAAAGAUGAAGGAUCGUUUAGAUGGUCGUAUUUAA